AUGACGACAGGCACUUCAACAUCCCGGCCAUAUCGAGCUGAAGGCCAUCUGCAACCUCGACUGUCGAGGUUGACCAUGGUCGCCAUGACAUUUGCCGUCCUCAAUACCUGGAUUGCCCUCGCCGGAUCCAUCGGUCUUGUGCUUCCAUCGGGUGGUUCCAUCUCAUUCCUUUACGGCUUCAUAUUCUGCGUAGCCUGUAACUUCGCUCUAGCCGCCAGUCUCGGUGAGCUCGCAGCCAUUUGGCCAACAGCCGGUGGUCAAUAUCAUUUCGUUUACGCUCUCUGCACCGAGAAGUGGCGGAAACCAAUGAGUUUCUGGGUUGGUUGGACUAGUAUCGCUGGCUGGCUUACUCUGGUAACCACCGAAGGAUUUUUCGCCGCCCAAUUCAUCUCCGCGGCCGCCGUGAUGGCUUCGAACAACAGAUAUGUCAUUGAAAGUUGGAAGACGUAUCUCAUCUUUCUUGCUAUCCUUACCUUCACCACGGGGUCGAAUAUUUGGGGUAACAAGAUCCUUGGUCGGUGGAACGAUGCGGCUUUAUACUGGUCUAUCCUGGCAGUGGCUGUCAUCAGCAUUGUCCUUCUCGCAACCUCUUCCAAAACGGACGCCGAGUUUGUCUUCACCAGAUUCCAAAACGAGACCGGCUGGCCCGACGGCAUCGCUUGGAUCCUCGGACUCCUCCAAUCAGCACUGUCCCUCAUCGGCUUCGACGCCUGCCUGCACAUGACGGAAGAAAUGCCAAAUCCAUCCAAAGAUGCGCCCCGAGCCAUCCUCUACGCUGUCGCUGUAGGGGGCGUCACCGGCACGGCCUUCCUCAUUGUAAUCCUCUUCUGCCUCACUGACCCGGCUACUAUCAUCUCUACUUCGACAAACAUGCCUAUAUGCGAGCUCAUCUACCAGGCCACGGGCUCCCGCGCCGCAGCCACGGUGUUAACGCUUAUGCUGGCCGUGUGUUUUAUCAAUGGCAACAACGGCUGCAUCACCAGCGCAUCGAGGCUGACCUAUGCCAUGGCCAGGGACGGUGGCAUUGUCCUACCCGAGUUUUUCUCACACAUCUCGCCGACCCUCAAUGUCCCUGUGCGGACUAUUCUCCUGUGUUUCGUCUUCAAUGCCGCCUUCGGGCUACUCUAUCUCGGUCCCGCGGUGGCUUUCAGCGCAUACGCGGCAAGCUGCACCAUCUUUCUCAAUGUGUCAUAUGCUUUUCCUGUCAUUUUGCUGCUGAUACGUGGCCGCGGUGUCCUUGCCGAAUACCAAGCGUCCAGUCAAGGGUACUUCAAGAUGGGGCGGCGUACUGGAGCUGCAGUGAACUGGAUUGCUGCUUUGUUUGUUGUUGUGACAUCUGUGUUCUUCUGCUUUCCCACGUCGCUUCCUGUGUCGAGCUCGGUUAUGAACUACGUGACUGCUGUAAUCGGGAUCUUUCUCAUCGCCAUGAGUUCCUUUUGGAUGCUGUUCGGCCGUCGAUUCGAAGGACCAAAACUCGAGGAUAUCAUUGUGGCUCAACCUGUGAAUGAGUUUGCUGCCGAUACACAGCACCUGUCGGAUACCUCGAACUCCAAUGAUUAUUCCAAGGGGAAGGAAUGA